CCGAGAAAAGGCACCAUUUCCGAUUCUGAGGAAAUUAGUGCGGCGAAGAGAAACCCUAGAAAUAAAACUGAAAAAGCUGCGAGAUCUCAUCUCGCGAUAUUUAUCCUAAUUAAUCGCCGAAUAAUCUCCGAAAUUUUCAAGGAUUUUGUCGAAUUUGGCGAUAAAUCGGGGCGUUCUCUUCUUCGAUCCCGUCUCCGACCCCUCCGAGAAUUCGAAAACCCUAAUCCCUCCUAGUUUUAUAAUGCUCGCGCUCUGAAAGUUUGGGGGAAAAGCACUCAACUUUUGGAUAAUUUGAGCUGAUUACUGUGGUUUAAGAGAGGAUUUAAUUGUGAAAUUUAGCGAUUUUGUUUUUUAAAAAGUUUUUUCUACUCGGAGUUAAUGGUGAUUGAAGGAACGCGAGGCGGAUUGUUUCCAUAUACUUUUGAUUUGGUUUGUAAUAAUGGCUCCUCACGAGGAGAAGAUCCGAUUUUGGAGAAAAAGGACUCAAACUUUUGCGUAAUCUCGAGUGGUUUCUGUGGGAAUGGCGGGGUUUGUAGAGGAUUUAGGUGUCAAAUUUGUUUUUUUUUUUAAGUGAGGUUUACUUAUUUGGAGAUUUGUGGAGCUUAAUGCUUAUUUCUUUUACGCUUAUUAGCUUUUGAGAGAGAGAGAGAGAGAGAGAGAGAGAGAGAGAGAGAGUAAAGGCAAUUGUUGUAAAUGUGUGUUUUCUUUUCUUUUUCUUUUUUUUUGUUUCCUAAUUUUGUUGAUUGUUAAACCCAUACAUUGGAAGAUCAUUAUAGCAUGAUUUGUUAAAAGAAGUACACUUAAAAAUCUUUUUGUAGCAGCGCAAACUUUUCAGAGAAAAAUCAUUGUUUCAUACGGCAACAAAAAAAGGAAGUUCCUACAGCUAAUUUGUCGUUUCCUCAGAGAGAAACUCCACAAGUUUAUUUAGUUUCGCAUCUAGGGUUGUUAAGAAGGCGCGAGCCCAAACAUAGAUAUUAUAGAUUCUAGUGUAGAACCAUAAUUGGUAAUUAAACCAUUUAUAAUUGAACAAUUAGUGACACAGUUUUGAUAGAGGGAUGUGUGAAUAAUCACUUUGUACAACUGCUUUUAAGCUGUGUUACCUACAAGGAAAUGAAGGUUACUUUAAGAUAGGAUUUUAUUGUUCUUAGCUCAAAUUUAAUAUGUUGCUGCUUCGAUCUGUUUCUCGUUACAUCAAGUGAAGUGGAGUAAAUGCAGAUGAGGCUCAAAGAGUGGUAAAUGGUGCUAAAACAUGCAGCAUAAUUUUGGGAUACUACACGGAAAAUUUAACUGCUUUAGUUAGUGUACUCUGUUGUAAGAUUGGAUAAUUUUAGUGCAUGUGUAACAUUGUUUAUAGUAUGUUUUUGGCUUUUAUUUUUCCUCAGGUUCUGUAUGAUCAAAGAAACCAGGGGUUGAACUUCUGCAGGUGGCCUUUUGGAGUGAAUUCCAACAUCAUCAUGGUUCGAGAAAAAGAUGUUUGUUGGGAAUACUGUGAGAAAAUGGACGGGAACAAAGUUAGAUGCAAAUUUUGUCAGAAAGUAUUAAAUGGCGGAAUAAGUAGAUUGAAGUUCCAUUUGUCUCGACUACCAAGUAAAGGUGUUCACCCUUGUAGCAAAGUCAGGGAUGAGGUCACUGAUAGGGUAAAAGCGAUUAUAGCUAUGAAAGAAGAGAACAAAGAAGCCUCAAUUGCCAAGAGGCAGCGGCUAUCAGAAGCCAAAUCACCAGAUGUUGUUACCAAUCCAAAAUCGCUUCUUCCCCCAGUAGAAUCCACACCUCCGUUAGCAAAAGCACUUUUGGCAUGUUCAACAGCCAGGGUGCCUCAGUCUCCGUUGGACGUAGAGAGAUGUAUAGCCGAAUUCUUCUUUGAAAACAAGUUGGAUUUUAAUAUUGCACACUCUAACUCGUAUCAGCUUAUGCUGGAAGCGAUUGGCGGCCCGGGAUUUAGGGGCCCGUCGGUGGAAGCACUUAAAACUAGCUGGUUGCAAAAGCUGAAAUCGGAAGUCACAGUACAAAUAAAAGAGAUUGAAAAAGAUUGGGCCACGACUGGUUGUACAAUAUUAGCCGAUACAUGGACCGACAAUAAAUCAAAAGCCCUAAUCAAUUUCUUUGUAUCAUCUCCGCUAGGUACUUUUUUCCACAAGUCGGUCGAUGCAUCUGCAUACUUUCGAAACACCAAAUGCCUUUAUGAUUUAUUCGAUUCGGUUAUUCAAGAUUUCGGCCCCGAAAAUGUCGUGCAGAUUAUCAUUGACAAUGCCCUAAAUUACACAAAUGUAGGGAGCCAAAUUACGCAAAAUUACAAUAGCAUUUUUUGGUCUCCUUGUGCUUCUCAUUGCGUGAAUUUGAUCCUGGAAGACUUCUCAAAAAUCGAUUGGGUGAGUCGAUGUAUUUUACAAGCGCAAGCAAUUACGAGAUUCGUUUAUAACCACAUAUGGGUGCUCGAUCUUAUGAAAAAAUUCACUGGGGGGCAAGAACUCGUUCGCACAGGAAUCACUAAGUCGGUAUCUAACUUUCUCACUCUACAAUCGAUUUUGAAACAUAGAUCGAGACUGAAGCAUAUGUUCAACAGUCCGGAAUAUUCAUCUUCACCCUAUGCCAAUAGGCCCCAUAGUAUAUCCAUCAUCGACAUUCUCGACGAUAAUGAAUUUUGGGGAGCAGUUGAAGAAACAGCAGCUAUUUCGGAACCGCUAUUGAAAGUAUUAAGAGAUGUUUCAUGGGGUAAACCGGCGAUUGGCUCGAUAUAUGAAUCGAUGACUAAGGUAAAGGAUUCUUUACGGACAUACUACAUAAUGGAUGAAGGAAAAUGCAAGACAUUUUUGGACAUAGUUGACCGGAGGUGGCAAAAUCAACUCCAUUCGCCGCUUCAUGCAGCUGCGGCUUACUUAAACCCUAGCAUUCAAUACAACCCGGAAGUUAAAUUUCUUGGGAUUAUUAAAGAGGAGUUUAUCGCCGUUCUUGAUAAGCUGUUGCCAACGCCUGAGCUUAGGCAUGAUAUCACAGGCCAGCUAUACGUGUUCAGGAAGGCGCAAGGAAUGUUCAGUUCCAACCUUGCAAAAGAGGCUCGAAACACGACCUCUCCUGGGAUGUGGUGGGAACAAUACGGCGAUUCAGCUCCUGGCCUACAACGAGCGGCGGUGAGGAUACUGAGUCAAGUUUGCAGUACUUGGACCUUCGAGAGAAAUUGGAGCACAAUUCAGCAAGUCCACUCCGAAAAGCGUAAUAGGCUCGACAAAGAGACCUUGGUCGAUCUCCUUUAUGUUCACUACAACCUGAGGCUCCGAUCGAAGGGAAAGCCGCCCGAUGCAGACCCCAUUGCACUCGACGAGAUCGACAUGACCUCAGAGUGGGUCGAGGAGACGGAGAACCCAAACCCGACCCAGUGGCUCGACCGGUUCAGCUCAGCAUUGGACGGCGGGGAUCUGAACACCAGGCAAUUCAAUACCUCCAUUUUUAGCUCCAAUGAUCAUAUAUUUGGUUUAUGAUGAUGGAAACUAAUUGCUUUUUUUAACAAAUGUUGUAACACAUGUUAAUUUCAUCUAUGUAAAAUAUCAUAUAUUGGUGAUUAGUAGCUAGUCUUUAGAUUAAAAUUCCUAUGCAUUUAAGGAGACAUGUGGGUUACUCACCUUUUGUAUAGCGAGCUACUGAAUCUAGCAUGUAAUGUAGGAGGAUGUACAUGUGAUAUCCAUGAAUGGAGUGUUAUUGAGGGAGUUGCAUAUCAA